AUGGUUCACGAGGAGGUCUUCAAAGAGGUUAGCAGAUUUUUUUCUUUUUUCUCGAAUUUUGACGAUCAUAUAUGCUUGAAACUGUGAUUAUAAUGCUACAUUUUUCGAAAAAAAAGGUAUUCCAGCCCCAAUACCGGAUCUACAGAGCACCGUCCUGCAGUUGGGCCUCAUUUUAUAGUACGAUAAUCAACGUUUUGCGGAUCUUCCUUCCGGUUUUGAUCAUUUUCAGCACUCAUGUGAGUUUCCCAAUGAUAUUUCAAACCUAUAAUAAGAAGUUAUUCAAAAAAAAUCAAUAAAAAAAUACUUGAAUCAGCGAAAAAAUAGUGCAAAAUCAAUCGUUAAAAAAUUGGUUACUCCUUUUUUGAUGACUUUUUUCACAUCAAUAAUCACAAAAAGUUCAUUAUUUUGUGCUCAAAAUGAUUCCUCGAAAUUCAAAUUAGCAGUCAAAGAGUGAAAAAGAUAACUUGGUUUCGGAGGAUCACAGAAAAAUCUAAAAUUUCACUGAAAACACGGCACUAAAUCAGCAAAAAAGUCGUGCCAAAUCUUAAGAAAAAAGUUUGUUGCUUUUUUCCUUAUAUGCAAUUCUCAUCCAAUUUCUAGGGUCUCUGGAAAAAGUACGACGUCUACCGAGAAGUGCCUCGGAUCGAGUUCGAAGGCCGACACGUCAUCUGGGCGACGACGAAGACGUCGUCGAGCUUCGUCGCUUCGAGCUUCGCCGUCCUCAACGUCGCCUCAGAUGACGUCCGAACCACGUUCAUCUCCUAUUUUUUGGUGGAUGAUCCUAGUAAAAAGGUUUGUUUUUAUUAAUCCUGAUGUAAGUCCCAAGAAAUCUUUUUUAAAUAGAGGUAGUAACAAGUUUAGCUCCGAUUUUUCUACAGUAAAGACAAAUUCAAAUGAAACGGUAGUUUCUGAUUUUUUUUUCCAAAUCUUCGUCAAGUACAGAUUCCCAUAUUUCAAUGUAUCAUCGACUUUUCCAGCCCAAGUCCAAAUUGAAAUACCAUAGAAUGGCUCAAAGCGGCCUUUAGAAGGCUGGCCACGCGCGCAAACCGUUUCCAGUCGGUCGCGUCUCAAAACAGUCGUUUUCCAACCUCAAAACUUCGAGAAACUCUAUAGGCGAUUUCCGAAAUCGUUCGAAGGCACAAAGGUCUUUCAUAAAUGAAAAAAAAAACCAUUAGAAAAGAGUUUUCGCCUUGAUACCGUUAUAAACUCAACCUAUGCGCCUUUAAACAUGAAGACAAGGAAUUUUGAAGAGUCUAUUUCAUUCCUUAAAGCCAAAAUUUUUAUUCAAAAUUCAAAAUUCCAGCUCCAAAAACUGACGAUUGCACUGAGAAUCCACACCGGCAACGACACGCUGGAUUUGCUGAAUUUCCAAUAUUUCGUCAACUUCAAAUUGGAUUACAACUUGGUCAUCAAUGUAAGGAUGAAUUAGCACGUAGAACGGCUUGAUUAAAAGUUGCGCCUGACCUAAAACUACUUUCGCGUGAUGUAAAAUAGAAGAUUCAUUCUAAUUUUUUCCAAGCCGAAAGUAGAAACUAUCCAACGCUGUCUUGAGAAUGAGCUAGAAACUGAAAAAAAGUGAGAGGGUUAAGACAUAUUAAUAGUAUCUUUUUCCAAGUCAGCGGGGAAUGAAGUAUACAUUUAAGAAUCACGAAACUUUCCAAAAAGAGAUUUUCAGGCUGAACUUCUAUUAACUGACUGCAUCCACCUCACUAUUCCAACUUCAGAAGCUCAGAUUACAGCUUUACUCGAUGUCGAUCAAAGUCAACCUUUCCGGUAAGUCUUGAAAGUGUGCUCUAAUGGACUAGGUAUCUGAUUGGCUGGCCACGCCGACUUUUAUCGCACUUCUGAGAUUUUAUAGCCCAUUCCGCGCCCUCUUAUGGAUUUAAGUCUUUUUUUGAGUUAUAAAAUCAUUUCGUUCGAAACGUGUGGCCUUUCAUUUGACCAAAAGUUUCCAAUAUAUUAAAGGCGCAUGCACUGAGAAAGGCCGCUCGCAUCGAAGGGAAGAGUUCUGUAGGUCAGAGGAAAACGAAAAUCGUGACAAGCUGGCACUGAACAACGAUGUUCGAGCCAAAAAAAGGGGCAUAAAAGCUGAAAAUUUAAAGGCACAUGUCCCCAAAGCCAGAAAUAGCUUCGAGGAAAUAUUCGUUAACUCAGAUUUGAAUCGGCUAUAAAUUUUGACUUUAAAAAAAUGCAUAAAAUGAUGACUACAUGAUUUUCUCAACCUAAAAAUCUGAUUUUCCAACUUUCUACAAAUAGUCCAUUCAUAAGUUCCUCACUUUUCUAGCCCUUGAAAUUCCCUUUAUUGGAUUUUAUGUGGACAGAAUUGAAUGAACUAUUACUCCCUGGUCCUGGAAAAAGUCUAAAAAGCCCAAUUAUCAAUAAUUUCUCUUCAGAGGCGAUGAAAACUUCGAACUGAUUGACGAAACGAGGAUCGAUAUAGAUCACUAUCAACCAAAUGCCAUUUUGGAACGGGCUAUGGAACAGCCAAUUGGAUUGAAAUUGUCAAGGUGAGGAUGAAAAAUUAUUCAAAAUAUUCGAAACCCAAAAAAGUGAUUUUGUGAAAAAUGAAAAGAAGAAAAGUUUUCAAAAUUCCCAAGAACCAAUUUUGAUAGAAAACUAGAGAGCACUAAAAGAGUGGAGACAGCAGACACAUUCGAAGUCCUCUCACUAUCUAGAUCUCUCUUACUUUCGCAUGAUCUCUUUUUUUUUUAGGAAAUCACAAGUCCUCCUACCAACUUCUCAACAAUCCGAUUAUUUCAAGCUUUCUCUGAAUAUUCUGAUCGGAGAAAUGGAAUUCAAGUACAAAACCAACUUUUGGCAACUCAUCAAAUGGGCCUGGAUCCAAUAUUUCGCCGUCUACUACGUCAUCAAUCAUUUGCUCAACUCAAUUUCUUCAUUUUUGUUCUCGAACCACGUUUUCUAUACGGUCGAUUCUGCAAAUAAACUUUAG